AUUACAGUCGAAUAAGGAACUGAAUCUGAACUAACUUCAUGUUUAUAAGUUGUGAACUGUUAAUAUAUCUAUUGUGUUUCUGACUAACUUUUAUUUGGCAUUUUAUAAAUUCAAGUAGUUGAAUCUACUAUUGAAUCAAAUUAUUUAUGUGGUUAAAACAAUAAUUAACAAUAUUGGGCGUUAUUUGUGUUAGUUCUCACAAUGUCAACCCCUGCACGAAGACGUCUAAUGAGAGACUUCAAACGACUUCAAGAAGAUCCCCCAACAGGAGUUAGUGGAGCACCAACAGAUAACAAUAUCAUGAUAUGGAAUGCAGUGAUAUUUGGCCCACAUGAUACCCCCUUCGAAGAUGGAACUUUUAAAUUAACUAUUGAAUUUACAGAAGAAUAUCCUAAUAAACCACCAACGGUUCGAUUUGUCAGUCAUAUGUUUCAUCCGAAUGUUUAUGCCGAUGGUGGUAUUUGUUUAGACAUUUUACAGAAUCGAUGGAGUCCCACAUAUGAUGUGUCAGCUAUAUUGACAUCUAUACAGUCUUUAUUGAGUGAUCCAAAUCCAAAUUCACCAGCGAACUCGAUGGCUGCACAGUUAUACAAAGAAAAUCGUAGAGAAUAUGAGAAACGAGUGAAGGCGUGUGUAGAACAAAGUUUUAUUGAUUAAACGUGGUGGUUCUAUUAA